AUGGCUAAAUCUACAACUAAGAAGGUAUCCAAGAAGGACCUAAAGCUCGCUAAGAAGGAAGUUGAAUCUUCAUCCGAUUCCUCAUCCUCAUCCUCCUCAUCUUCUGAAUCUAGCUCCUCUGAUUCCUCUUCUUCUGAAUCCUCUGAUGACGAAGAACCAAAGAAGACCAAGGAAUCUUCCGACUCCAGCUCUUCUGACUCCAGCUCUUCUGAAUCCGAUUCCGAUUCUGAAUCCGACUCUGAAGAAUCCAAGGAAGACAAGAAGGAAUCUUCUUCCUCUUCCUCCUCUUCCUCUUCUGACUCUGAAUCUGACUCUGAAGAAUCUAAGGAGGACAAGAAGGAAUCCUCUGACUCUGAAUCCAGCUCUAGCUCCAGCUCCAGCUCUUCCGACUCUGAAUCCGACUCCGACUCCAGCUCUUCUGAUGAAGAAGAGGAGGCCAAGGAAGAAAAGGACUCUAAGAAGCGUAAGGCUGAAGACGAAGAAGAAGAAUCUUCUCCAAAGAAGGCUAAGACUGAUGGUGAACCUGCCACCGUUUUCGUUGGUAGACUAUCCUGGUCCAUCGAUGACGAAUGGUUGAAGCAAGAAUUCGAACACAUCGGUGGUGUCGUUGCCGCUAGAGUCAUGUACGAAAGAGGUACUGACAGAUCUCGUGGCUACGGUUACGUUGACUUCGAAGACAAGUCCUACGCUGAAAAGGCCGUCAAGGAAAUGCACGGUAAGGAAAUCGACGGUAGACCAAUCAAUGUCGACAUGUCCACCAGUAAACCAACUGUCAACCCAAGAGAAGACCGCCAAAAGAGAUUCGGUGACAUCCCAUCCGAACCAUCUGACACUUUGUUCUUGGGUAACCUGUCGUUCAACGCUGACAGAGACAACAUCUACGAGAUCUUUGGUAAGUUCGGUGAAAUCAUCUCCGUCCGUAUCCCAACUCACCCAGAAACUGAACAACCAAAGGGUUUCGGUUACGUUCAAUACACCAGCAUCGAUGACGCCAAGAAGGCUCUAGAAGCUCUACAAGGUGAAUACAUUGACAACAGACCAGUCAGACUUGACUACUCUACUCCAAAGCCAAACAACGGUGGUAACGGCGGUAACGGUGGCUCUCGUGGUGGUUUCAGAGGUGGCCGUGGUGGUAACAGCGGUGGCUUCAGAGGUGGCCGUGGUGGUAACAACGGUGGUAACCGUGGUGGUUUCAGACCUUCUGGUUCCGGUGCCAACCAAGCUCCUCUAGGUAAGCCAAGAACCGCCUUCGCUGGCCAAAAGAAGACCUUCGAUUAA